AUGAAGCCUCGCCAGUGUCCUGAGUGUGCGAACACAUUUAGAUGUUAUUCACAUAUGAUGAAGCACAUGAAGGUGCAUGCCGGCGAGAGAUCACAUGAAUGUACAGAGUGUGGGAAAAUAUUUACUCGGCUUGAAAGUGUAAAUAGACAUAAGCCGAUAUGCAUUGGAUAUAAAACUCAACCAUGCCCAGAGUGUGGGAAAGUAUUUAGUGAUAUUAAAGAUAUGAACACUCACAUGAUGGUUCAUACGGAUGCUAAAUCUCACAAGUGUCCAGAGUGUGGGGAAACAUUCAGGACACUUGGAGAGAUGAAGGUUCAUGUGGUGGCGCAUUGGGGAGAAGGGAGUCUCGAUAAUCGUCACAAGUGUCCAGAAUGUGGGAAAACAUUUACUCAGUAUGGAAAUAUGAAGGCUCACAGACUGCUGCAUGCAGGUAUUAAACCUCACGCGUGUCCAGAAUGUGGGAAAGCUUUUACUCAACUUGGAAAUAUGAAAACUCACAGGAUGAGGAUUCACGGGCGUCCAGUGCCUGGGAAGACAUCCAGCCGGGCUGAACGGAUGAAGACUCGCUUGACUGUGCGUACAUAUCAUACAUCUCAGGAGCAUACAGAUCAUACAUCUCAGAAGCAUACAGAUCAUACAUCUCAGGAGCAUACAGAUCAUACAUCUCAGGAGCAUACAGAUCAUACAUCUCAGGAGCAUACAGAUCAUAUAGUCCGUGGGAAAACAUCCAGUCGGGCUGGACGCAUGAAGACUCGCAGGACUGAGCUUAAAGGGCUUACAUCUCGAGAGGUGCCAGAGUGUGGGAAAAUAUUCAGCCAAUCUAUAAAGAGAAGUAAUAUGCCUUUCGAAUGUAAUGAGUGUGGGAGAAGAUUUAGGAAUCGCAGGGAAAUAAUAGAUCACAUUCCAGUGCAUUCGAACGAGAGACCUUACGAAUGUUCAGAGUGUGGGAAAACAUUCAAGUGGCGUAAGAAUGUGACUACUCACAUGGUAGUUCAUAAGGGUAGUUCAUCAACUAAACCUUGA